GGAAAUCCUGUUGAUUUCAUGUUAGACACGGGGGCUGAAGUAUCCAUUGUAACGACACCCAUUGCUCUGCCCACUAAAGAUAGCCUAACAGUUGUAGGCAUGGCAGGGAAGAAACUUGCUCUCCCAUACCUCCAAUCAAGAACCUGUUCUCUAGGAGGUCACCGGGUCACCCACCGUUUUCUCUUAAAUCCCAGCUGUCCGAUUAAUUUGCUUGGGAGAGAUCUUUUAUCUAAAAUGCGUGCCUCCAUAACCUUUGAUACUCCGGAUGGCUCAGCACUUCUGUCCUUACCUCCAGAGACUCAAACUUCACUAGUGUGUUGUAAUUUAGAGGUUGAUGCUACAGAAGAGUGGCGACUUCCUGAGGUCCUAAUGGGAUGUGGAUUUAGAAGACACCCUGAUGGUGACCCUGAAGAAGUCCAGUAUCAGACUGAUAAAGAUGCUUUUUAUGACAAGGAAAAGGUGCAGGAUAAAUUGUACUACCGAAAUGAAGUGCCAACUGUAUGGGCAGAAGAUAAUCCCCCAGGCUUUGCUAAACACCAACCUCCUGUAGUUGUGGUCCUUAAACCUACUGCCAAUCCAGUGAGAGAGCGUCAAUACCCUAUUCGUGAAGAUGCCCGAAGAGUGUUAACCAAACACUUUCAGAGACUCCUGAAAGAUGGCAUCCUGAUCCCCUGUGAAUCUGCCUGGAAUACUCCGAUCCUUCCAGUACCUAAGCCUUCUCCAGACCCCAAGAAUCCUGAUUACCGCCCAGUCCAAGACCUGAGGGCAGUGAAUACUCAAGUAGAAGCUAUCCACCCUGUAGUGCCAAAUCCCUAUACAAUCCUGACUCUGAUUCCAUCCACGGCUGCAUGGUUUACUGUCUUGGAUUUGAAAGAUGCGUUCUUCAGUAUUGGACUUCACCACCAGUCCAGAGACAUCUUUGCCUUCGAAUGGAGAGCCCCUGGAGCCUCCAGCCCAUGUCAGUACACUUGGACUCGUUUGCCCCAAGGCUACAAAAAUUCUCCUUCAUUGUUUGGACAGGCCCUCGGUAAAGACUUAGAGAACUUUGACACCCAAGAAGGGGUCCUUACCUUAAUCCAAUAUGUGGAUGACUUGUUACUUUGUGCCCCUGACCCUCAUCGAUGUUCCCAGGGCACCCUUAACCUUCUCCGUCUCCUUGAUGCCUGUGGCUAUAAAGUCUCAUUCAAGAAGGCCCAGAUCUGCUUAACUCGAGUCCAGUUCCUAGGAUUUGAAAUCUCUAAGAAUCAACGGUCUCUCAGUAAUGCAAGGAAAGAAACUGUGUGCCAGAUACCUCUACCCCAGAGUCGCAAAGAGCUACGAGGCUUCUUAGGUGCAGCUAGCUACUGUCGGUUAUGGAUUCCCUCCUUUGCUCUUUUGGCCAAACCCUUAUAUGAAGCUACCAAAGGGGGGACACAGGAACCUUUUGUCUGGGGCCCAGAUCAAGAUGUUGCCUUUAGGACCCUGAAACAACGGCUCAUUGAGGCUCCUGCCUUAGGACUGCCAGAUCCAGAAAAACCUUUUUCCCUUUGCGUAGAUGAGAAGCAAAGUGUUGCUUUAGGUGUCCUUCUCCAGAAACUUGGGACUCACAAUCGGCCUGUGGCCUACCUUAGCCAAAACCUGGAUGCUGUAGAAGCCGGUCUGCCCCCUUGCUUACGUGCUGUUGCUGCCUGCUGUAGACUUAUUGAAGCAGCAAACAAAUUCACCUGGGGAGCCCCACUCACAGUGUUUGUAUCACACGGAGUUAAGACCAUUUUAGAAGCUCGUGGUCACAAAUAUCUGACAGUUUCACGUAUGGCCAGGUACCAAGCAGUUCUCCUCGAGAACCCAGGUGUAUCUCUAGCUCCUGUCAUCAACAUAAAUCCAGCCACCUUGUUGCCAGUACCAUGUGAAGAUGUUGAGCAUGAUUGCCUAGUAACCACUGACCAGCUGUUUGCAUCUCGUCUUGACCUUCGUGACCAACCCCUUCAGCAGCCAGACUUAAUAUUGUACUGUGAUGGUAGCAGUUUCAUCAACCCUCAAGGACGUCGCAAAGCAGGCUAUGCUGUUGUAGAUGACCAUCAGGUGAUACAAGCAGAAUCUCUACCCGUUGGAACAUCUGCUCAACUAGCAGAAAUAAUAGCCCUGACAGUUGCCCUACAUCUAAGCAAGAAUGCAGCUGCAAAUAUAUUCACCGAUUCAAUGUUUGCUUUCAAGGCAGCCCAUGCACAUGGAAUGCUGUGGCAACACCGAGGAUUUAUUACAGCCGCUGGAAAGGAUAUCAAAUAUGGGCCAAAUCUUCGUCUUCUGCUAGAAGCCAUCAAUCUGCCAACUAAGAUUGCAAUAAUCCACUGUCGAGGACAUCAACGGAAGUCUGACCCAAUUGCAGAAGGAAAUGGUCGUGCUGAUAAAGCAGCUAAGGAAGCAGCAGAAGGAAAACUUUGUCUCCGCACUCUAGUUCCUAGUCCGUCAGUCUUAGCCUGUCCUGUCUUCCCCACUCCAGUCUCAGCUUGGACGCCUCGUUACACCAAACAUGAAGACUACCUCUGUGACCAGCAAUCAGCAAAAAAGAAUGAGGAAGGUUGGUGGAUCUUGCCAACAGGAAAAAUUUGGAUUCCAGCCUCCUUAGGCUAUGAAAUAAUGAAAGCCCUUCAUGCUAAUACCCAUUAUGGAUCUUCCAGUCUUGUUAAAGCCUUAGACCGCUGGGCUCAUCUGGAACGGAAGACAGCAUUAGCAGACCUCGUGUGCCGUCAGUGUGUUACCUGUGCCCGAAACAAUCCUAGAGAAGGUCCCCGACGACCUCCAGGAAUCAAUACCCCAGGACCAGCCCCAAUGACUUCGCUUGUUGUUGAUUUCACCGAGAUGCCAAAAGUUGGUCGUCAUCACUACCUGUUGGUGUUUGUCUGUACGCAUACUGGAUGGAUAGAAGCGUUUCCAACUGCCACUGAAAAGGCCUCAGAAGUUGCCCGAGCCAUGUUAAGGGAUCUAAUUCCAAGAUUCGGAUUACCUACCUGGGUUUCCUCUGAUAAUGGACCAGCCUUCAUCUCUGAAUUAACUCAGCAAGUUGCCAAAGCCUUAGGAAUCAUCUGGAAAUUACACUGUGCCUAUCGUCCCCAGAGUUCAGGAGCAGUAGAACGAGCUAAUAGAACUCUUAAAGCCUCCUUGCGGAAGUUCACCCAAGAGACUGAACAGCCAUGGCCUAAGAUUCUACCUCUAGUGUUAUUCCGACUGCACUGCCUCCCUUCCAAACGAACUUCAGUUUCUCCUUAUGAGGCAAUGUUUGGCCGUCCUCCCCCACUGACCAUGGGAGUUCAUACCGAUGCUUAUGGGUUUCAUCAGUUAAUCACCUCAGCAGAAUUACAAGCCCUUGGACGACAAGUUGAGAAACUCCAAAGACAUUACUCUGCCUGUCUCCCAGUUCCCUUGUUUGAUUCUGUGUGUCAUGUCAGUCCUGGAGAUUCAGUAUGGGUUAAAAAUUGGAGACCAGAGCCCUUAGGGCCAAGGUGGGAGGGACCUUUCACUGUUUUACUCAGUGCAGACAGUGGAGAUGGGUACCACUACCACAAGCUGAGGAAGAGUGUCAUUCGAGAGCAAGUGAAGAUUCUUAUCCAGAAGUCAUUAAAUACUGAAGAGCUUCAUCUCAAAAGGCAUUUGAAUUGUUUCAUAAGAACACUGAAGAGGAGAGAAAACAUUGAAGAGAAGGGAGGACAGGAUCAUCGCUUUAAUGCUGGUUUGCACUUUGGAAAGCAGCUGAAAGAAAGCUUUUUGAAUUUUUUUUCUACUGGGCGCCGGAGCUCCGGAGAGCUGAUUGCUUCACCGGUCCCAGCUGAAAAGCCUAAGGAAAGGAUUAACCCUGUCUGCCUGAAGAUGAGUGAGGAAGAACCUUCCACAUCUAAAGCUGGAAACCCAACUGCACCUAAACAAGCACCAGCCAAACUUGUGAGUACGUUCCAUUCUUCUGGGGACACAGAAGCCCUUAAAUUAAAACCCCAAAAUUAUCUUUGGUGGGAAGCGGUUCUUAAAGUGAAGCUUCAGAUGCAAAGAGCCCAGCAUGUCUUAACAAUGGAGCCCCCAGCUAAUGAGCCAGAGAAAGGUGAUUUUGAACAACUGGAUGGCUAUGCUAAAAAUCUUAUUCUUGGGUCUGUGAAUCCUGAUGAUGAGCCAGAUUUAUACACUGUGCAGGUGCUGACGCGUUUAGCUCUUUUUGAGGACAGACAGGGUGAAGUGGCAUCAACAUCUGGUCAGCUGGUCCAAAGGCAGCACUUGGAUGACAAGCGGGAGAGCAAGGGCACAGAGGAGCUCCAGGUGGAGCUUUAUAAAGGACUCCCAAGGAGCGAAGAUUUCCUGAGCCCUGCAUGGCUUCCGUACGAUGAGGAGUUCAGGAUGAGGGCAGCCAUGAAUCCAGCCCUGAGAUGGGACCAGUUACAUCUGCACUUAUGGCUGCAGAUCAUGUCUCCCUAUCGACGAUUUGGCAAUGAGAGGACAGAUAAUGGCUACUCCGUCUGCAAGUCACAAGGUAUAGAAAUCAACACAGUUGGGCACCUGUGUAAGUUACCUGCUGACAAAUUGGAUGCACUGCAGGUGCUGAUUGACAUGGCCAGGGUGAAGAAAAAGAUCACCUUGCUGAAGUUGCAGCAGCUGGUUGGCCACCUGAACUUUGCGUGCAAAGUUGUGGCACCCAGCCAGGCAUUUGUUAGGAGGCUAUUGGAAGCUGAUGCCUCUAGUGUGGCCUUAGGGGCCGUUCUAUCCCAGAGAGCGGAUCCCUCUCAGCCGUUGCAACCCUGUGCCUAUUACUCCCGGCAACUCUCCUCAGCCGAACAGAACUACACCAUCUGGGAAAGAGAGUUACUGGCCAUCAAGACCGCCUUCGAGGUUUGGCGUCAUCACCUCGAAGGGGCCCGUCAUCCAGUACAGGUACUCACAGACCAUCGCAACUUGGAGCACCUCCAAACCACUCGCCGGUUGAACCAGCGCCAGAUUCGUUGGUCCCUCUUUUUCUCGCGGUUCAACUUCACGAUUUCCUACAUUCCACAGACGCAAAACCAAAAAGCCGACGCUCUGUCCCGCAAACCGGAAUAUACCCCAACGUCGAAAACGGAAGCACCUGACACCAGUAUCCUACCACCUAACGUUUUCGCCGCAGCUCCCGAACCUGCAUCCCUCGCUGAGGACAUUCGGGCCAGUCAGGCUACAGACCCUUGGGCUCAACAACGCCUUCAGGAGGUACAACAAGGGGAUUCCAAAGACCUAACGGUCAAAGACGGCGUACUCUAUCAUCGGGACCGGGUCUAUGUUCCUCCCGGACCCCUGCGAGCCCGCAUCCUGCGCCUCACCCACGAUGCACCUCCAGCCGGACACUUCGGGCAACACAAAACCGCUCAUCUGCUCACCCGAGACUUUUGGUGGCCCCGGGUUCGGGCCGACGUUGACCGGUAUGUGAGCACGUGUGAUGUCUGCCGCCGGGCCAAGGAGGUUCCUGCCAAGCCCUCCGGCCUCCUUCGUCCGCUCCCUGUCCCAUCGAGCCCUUGGGAAAUCAUCUCGAUGGACUUCAUCGUCGAUCUUCCCCGCUCACACGGACAUUCUUGUAUCUUUGUGGUGGUGGAUCUCCUCACAAAGAUGGCGCACUUCGUUCCUUGUCCGAAAAUCCCCACCGGGCCGGAAACUGCCCAGCUCUACCUCCAUCACAUCUUCCGGCUACAUGGGGCCCCAGCACAGAUCAUAUCAGAUCGAGGCCCGCAAUUCUCUUCCCGCUUCUGGCAGGCAUUGCACCAGGGACUGGGGACGGAGGUUCACCUGUCAUCCGCGUACCAUCCCCAAACCGACGGCCAGACGGAGAGAACGAAUGCCACUCUUGAACAAUAUCUCCGCUGUUAUACCACGUACCAACAAGACAACUGGUACUCCUUGUUACCUUUGGCCGAGUUCGCCUACAAUAACGCGGUGCACUCGUCCAUCCAAGUCACCCCAUUCGCAGCCAAUUAUGGAUAUAACCCCCGCUUCUUCUUGCCCGGCCCUGACCUGUGGGAGAAUAGCUGUCCCCUUGGGGCACGGCUGCAGUGUGGUGGCCAGCACACCGUACAGCCCUUGAAUCAGGGGGAUGACCUGCCCCAGGCUGGCCAUAUGGGUGAAGAGCAGGUCAGUGGUGUUCUGGAAGCACUUGAGGACAUGUACUAUUUGGGAGAGAGUCAGUCAGUCAUUGAAGCUGAUCUGAGCUCCUCUUCCGUAUGCAGGAUGGGCAUGGAGGAGAUGUUGCUGCUGCCACCCACCUACUCCCUCAGGCUACUCUGCAUUACACAGCGGUGA